CUAAAAGACGUUACGCUUUAUUGGAGUUUUCCAAGCAACCCAGCUACACGAGGAAUUAUCCAAGAAAAGAUAUGCAAGCGACGUUAUCGAUUUGUUUAUUGAUCUUCGGCGUUUGUUUGCAAGGAGAGUUCUGUGAAAGUAAUAAAAUAUGUCAUGGAAAGCAAUACACUGUUAAAAGUGCUGAUGGAAACUUUGAAAAAUGUCAGCCUUGUGGAGUCUGCAAUGAGGGAUGGGGGCUGGAACCAAAAUGUGGAAGUACUGUUAUAAGCCCUGUGAAUGAAACUUAUUGCCAGCGUUGCCAUGAUGGAAUAACAUAUUCUGACACUUAUGACUCUUCUCCUUGUUAUAUGUGUCAGCACUGUGCACAACAUGAGAUUGUAAAAACUUCCUGCACAAGUGAUACAAACACCAAAUGCAGUGGAACUUGUGAAUAUGGUUAUUACUAUAAUGCUCAGGAUGCAUCGCAUGCAUGUCAUGAGUGUUCUCAUUGUUGUUCUGAUGGAAAAGAUGAGAUACAAACAGAAUGUGUAAGACAUGGCCUUGAAAAAAAACACUGCAGCCUGCGAAUGGAUACAAACUGUGGUCCUACCAUAAAACCUUCAAUUAGCAGCAAUACUGGAGAUUCAGGAAAAUUUAGGCCAAUUUACAUCCUGUAUAUUUGUAUUGGUGCACUUGUUGGUGUAGUAAUUUUACUUGUUGCAGUAUUACUUAAAAGAAGAAAUGCAGGUCAAAAUAACCCGUCAGUGGACACCAAUCCUGAGCAGGGUAUUAAGCAGCAUGAGGCCCAACCAAUGAUUCACAUAAAUGGACGUGCAGACCCUCAGCUUGACAACUGUAAUCUGACAACUCCAACACAAAGUGGAAAAUACAACCAUGAGUCUACACAAGUUUCCAGUGGCACUACACUUCAGCCAGUUGUCUCUGAACUGAAUCCUGGUUAUGCUCAUUCCAACGCAGGAACACCUCGUGUGUCACCCAAGGGAACACCUGAUUUAUCCAGGCAGCAGGAUGGUUUGUAACUUCAUAUCAUAUACAUAAAACAUAGCCAAACUAUGUGUCA